AGUGUCUUGCUACGACAACAAACACAGUCGGUUUACGGCAAGCAUGUGUGUUUGUGGAAAGCUUGUUGCUAGCCGGGAUAACUGCUGAAGUGUACGCUUUCACUUAUUUCUUAAGCUUGAACAAACAUUUUUACAAUUAGGUUUUUAACCCGAAGAAAUGGAUGUGGGAGAGCUCCUCAGCUAUCAGCCUGACAGAGGAGCAAAGCGUCCAAGGGAGGAGGAUGGAGGGGCAGCAGGAGGAGAGGAGGACUCCAGAAGAGGGAAGCAGCAGAAAGGCCUUGGUGCCAGGGAGCUGUCCAGAUACCGGGAAGCAGCAGGAAUAGGAAUUGAAGCAGGUGGUGAAAUGAGGGAGGCUGAGGAUCUUACCGGAGACAAGAAGAAGAUCCUGGAGAAACUGAUGGACCAGGAUGAAGAGGAACCUGAGGCUGAACUGGUGGAUGAGAGUUCAGUGAAGAAAAUGAUCCUGACCUUUGAGAAAAGGUCAUACAAAAAUCAGGAACUGAGGAUUAAGUUUCCAGACAGCCCAGAAAAGUUCAUGGAGUCUGAGCUGGAUCUGAAUGACAUCAUCCAGGAGAUGCACGUGAUCGCCACAAUGCCAGACCUCUACCACCUGUUGGUGGAGCUAAAUUCUGUCCACUCACUGCUGGGCCUCCUCAGUCAUGAAAACUCUGAUGUUGCCAUAGCAGUGGUGGACCUGCUGCAGGAGCUCACAGAUAUCGACACACUCCAUGAGAGCGAGGAGGGUGCUGAGGUACUCAUAGAUGCUCUGUUGGAGGGUCAGGUGGUGGCCUUGCUGGUGCAGAAUAUGGAGCGGCUGGAUGAACAGGUGAAGGAGGAAGCUGAUGGCAUCUAUAACACACUGGCUAUCAUAGAAAAUAUGGCAGAGUUCAGACCCGGCCUGUGCACCGAGGCAGCUCAGCAGGGACUCAUGCAGUGGCUGCUCAAGAGAAUCAAGGCAAAGAUGCCAUUUGAUGCUAACAAGCUGUACUGCAGUGAAAUCCUGGCUAUCUUGCUGCAAAACAAUGACACUACCAGAGAACUACUGGGAGAGAUGGAUGGCAUUGAUGUGUUACUGCAGCAACUAUCUGUGUUCAAACGUCACAACCCGUCCACAGCCGAGGAGCAGGAGAUGAUGGAAAACCUCUUCGAUGCUCUUUGUUCCUGUCUCAUGCUGCCAGCCAAUCGUGACCGCUUUCUCAGAGGAGAAGGGCUUCAGCUAAUGAAUCUCAUGCUCAGAGAAAAGAAAAUAUCCCGGACCAGUGCUCUGAAAGUCCUGGACCAUGCAAUGAUUGGACCGGAGGGAGCCGAUAACUGCCAUAAGUUUGUUGACAUCCUGGGCCUGCGAACCAUUUUUCCACUUUUCAUGAAAACUCCAAAGAAAAUGAAAAAAACUGGUACUUCAGAGAAGGAGCACGAAGAACACGUCUGCUCCAUCAUCGCCUCCAUGCUGAGAAAUCUCAAGUCCCAGCAGAGAAGCAGACUUCUCAACAAGUUCACAGAGAAUGACUGUGAAAAGGUUGAUCGACUGAUGGAGUUGCAUUUUAAGUACCUGGAGGGUGUUCAACAGGCUGACAAGAGGAUCGAAGGAGAGAAACAUGAGAUGGUUCGCAGGGGUGAGAUCCUAGAUGACAACAUGGAGGAUGAGUUCUACCUUCGCCGUCUGGACGCCGGACUAUUUGUCCUUCAGUUGAUCUGCUACAUUAUGGUGGAGAUCAGUAACUCAGGGAUAUCACAGCUGCAGCAGAGGGUCCAUCAAAUUCUCAACAUAAGAGGAGGAUCUGUCAAAGUAGUGCGCCACAUCAUGAGAGAGUACGCUGAGAGCAUCGGAGAUGGGAAGAGCGAUGAGUUCAAAGAGGCUGAGCGGAAGAGGAUCAUGGACCUUGUAGACAACUUCUAAUCUGACUUUCUCUCUUUUGCUGUCUCUCUCUCUCUCUCUCACACACACACACACACUCACUCAUACACAAACGGCACAUUCUUACAAAUGAAAACACUGAAACCCCACUUUUCCAAUUUGCAACAGAUGGACUGAUGGUGACUGCGACCUCAGACUAAGAAUUUAAAGGCAGUGGUUUGCUUUUCCCUAACAUGCUGUAACUGGGUAUGUUUACAUGCACAGUAAUUCUGUGAGAACCAAAGCAAUCAUUUGUUAUUUACUUAUUUUCAUAGUUCAAAGAAACUCUUAAAAUAACCCAGUUUGCUGUGCCACUUUUACCUUGCCUGCAUCUUUUACAUUGAAAUGUUUAAAAAAAAAAGAAGAAGAAGAAACUGGAGUUUAUGGAAAUGAUCAUUGAUAAUUUGUAUUUUUUACUAUCUAAGAAGCACAACCUGUAUGUGCCAGAAACCUGGUUAAAAUUCAGCAAUUGCUGUGCGUGUUAACAUGCUGACUGAGAGCAGAGGCAUUGUAGCUGGACUGAAACGCAGCGAACAUGAGCUGUUUAUUUUCCGUACUGUGGUGUUGAACACUGCAGGGUAAUUAUGGACAGAUUUUGCAUAGAUUAAUAUCUUCUCCCUCAGCGCUCCCACUUUACCUGGUUUGUUUGUUUUGGGUUUACAUGUAAUUUUUUUUUUCUAAUAAAACAUUUGGUAAUAAAAUCUUGAUUGCAUGUUUGGUUUGUUUGAUGAAUGUCACCGUGUAGUGAGCAAGAUUGGCACAGCUCGUUGAUAACCGUCUGUCUACGCUUGGUUACUGUUGCACAGAGCCACAGAUGGAGACGGCAAACCUGUAUCUGCAGCUUCCUUUGCAGAGAGAAAGGGAGAGACAGAGAGUCCUCAUAGUGUCUGAACCCACCCACUGCUGGAUCUCAGCAGCCUCCCAAAGCUCUCAGCCCACUGCUGUUUUUCUUUGUGGUGCUGUUCACACAUAUCAGUGUGGAGGUAUGUUAUGAUAAAGCUGUACACACAAACCUACUAUAUUAUUCUCCUCGUCCUGUGCACAAUACUUUGACUGUUCACUGUCUUCGCUGUCUUUCUACUCAAGAAAAGGAAAAAAAAAAGAUAAUAAUAAUAAUUCCCAAUUAGUAGUACAUUUUGAGUGUGUGAGAGUGACAGAUUAGUGCACAGAGGAAAUGGAAGAAACUUGGAAGUUUUGCAGAAACUUGGAAUGAAGAGCUUAACCACUAUUUUUAGACUGUCUGACACCUCCGUAUGGUGUGAAAAUAAAAUAAAAAAAAAUUCAUGGAAAAUUGUCCAUGAGGAAAUGGUUUUCUAAACCUAUAUAUAUAUAUGUGUGACAGUAGUACACUCAUCCCUGGCUCAUCGAUGCACAAAAAAGAUGCUUGACUGUCUGAUCCAGAAAGGAGGUUAGAGGGCAACGUGACAGGACAGAGUGGUCUAAAAUGCAUAUUAUGGUAAAUGUACAGCAAGUGUAUUUUUUUUUUUCAUGCAUAAAAAGAAUAAAGUGUUACCUUUACAUGCUGUUUUUUUACUUUUGCAGUAUAGGUACUUUAGUAUUACGUACAGUAACACUGUAUAUAUGUAUAAUGUACAAUGGGGGCUUUUAUAGUGUAUUAUAAUACUUCAUGACUACAUUCAUAAAACAGUGUUUUCUGAUGCAUCAUAUCAACAGCCGUGAAACAUUAUAGAUGUGACUCAUAAUGAAUUAGUUGAUAGCUCUUAUGAGUGCUCUUGACUUCUGUAUAAACAAGAAUUUGACUGGUGGGGCUUAUAGUUAUGAUGACCAAAACUCAUCUGUCACCACCUCAACAAUCAACUGUAGUAAGAACUCAUAGUUUAUACAGUAGUAAGUUAUCAUUGUAUGUGUUAAGUACAUAUGGAUGCAUCCAUAGUAACUGUAUGUGUCUUUGUAACUUUUCAUUUUUAGUGUUGAGUGUAAUGCAUUUUCAUUUAAGUGAUUAUUAUAUGAGAUGCCAAAAUGCAGAGAAUUACCAGUAAAGAUUUCUAUGCUUUAGGAUUGGAACCCUAAGCUAUAAAACCUGUAUGAUACUGCAUAUUCAAAGUAAGCAUAUUCAAGAAAAAUACAUGCAUACAAUACAA